AUGGACCUCCCCGUUGGCGUCUGCCAGAUUAUUGACAAGGCCGGGUUUGGCUUAUUCUGCGUGGGGCUAUCGUGUCUUAUAACGAGCAGGUUCCUACUUGGCACGCUGGUAGAGAAGUGGUGGGACACCACCAACUCUUUCCACUUCUCUACCGUGGAAGACAUGACGAUGACUCCGUAUGACUUUUCUAUGCUCACCGACAUCGAGGUAAGGGGUCGACCGAUCCCGUAUGAUACAGACAUAGGCGAGUGGGAGGCCGCCUGGAUCUACCUGCUGGGGACACGCCCACCUCUCUUUCGAUUGGGGACAGUUUGGUACAACUGGUUUGCGGAUCAUUUCAGAGAGACACAGCCAAAGACCCUAGAGGAGAUCGAGCAGCACACCCGAGGUUUCCAGAUGUUCCUCUUUGGCACCACCUUGUUCGCCGACAGGGUGAACACUGUUGGGCUAUAUCUCUUGAGUGCCUUGGUGGACUUGUCUCAGGUCCGACAUUACGAUUGGGGCGGCGUUGGCCUCGCUACCUUGUACAACUACAUGAGCUUAACAUCCCACAGGAGCGGGAACAGAGCGGGCGGCUACUGGAGAGCAUAG